GCGACACACUGAGUCUUUGCUAGUUCUCUGACCAAUUUGGAGCACUGCUCUAAUGGCGGAUUGAGUGCCUAAUCUCGUAGCACGGACACGGUCGCAGUACUCCCAAUCGUACCCAUCUCAUCCAAAUGGCUGUACUACCUUUCAGACGGGUUUUUGUAUUUUUUUUCAUACUCUGUUUCUCAUUGUUCUAUGCCAGUGUCGCCCUCGGAUCGGGCAUUGACGAUGAAGAAUUCUCGGAAGAGUUGCUGCUGAGACCCUUGCCAGAUCGCAAGGUUCUAUCCCACUUCCAGUUCCGGAGCAGAGCUCCUCCCAACAGCUCUAAUGGCCGCCACCACCAUCUUUUCCCCAAAGCGAUCUCCCAGCUGGUUCAGAAAUUUCGAUUAAAAGAAAUGGAAUUAUCUUUCACACAAGGUCGCUGGAACUAUGACCUAUGGGGUGGGUUUGACCCCAUAUCAAGCAACAAUGCCAAGCCUCCUGGAGUUGAGUUGUGGGCUGUCUUUGAUGUCCCUCAACAUCAUGUUGAUUCUUCAUGGAAAAAUUUAACCCAUGCUCUUUCAGGCCUUUUCUGUGCUUCAAUCAACUUCCUGGAGUCUUCUACCACUUAUUCUGCUCCUGACUGGGGUUUUCGCCCUGCUUCAGGCCGUUUGAGAUACGGUACAUUGCCCCGGGAGGCUGUUUGCACUGAGAACUUAACUCCCUGGCUGAAGUUGCUUCCUUGUCGAGAUAAAGCUGGGGUUGCUGCAUUAAUGGAUAGACCGUCUAUCUACAAAGGAUUUUAUCAUUCCCAACGAUUACAUUUGACAUCAACUGAAUUUGACUCAGACGAUGUAGAUUCAGGCAUUGUAUUAGAACAAACACUUACAGUUGUUCUACAAACUAAUGGUAAGAAAGCUGUUUUGACUUCUCAGGAAACAAAAUUACAACCAAGCUGGUCCUUGACUACAAUGUUUGGGAGGAAAAUCAAUGGGAGAUGUGUUCUUGCGAAGUCUAGUAAUGUGUACCUUCAGCUUGAUAGGGGGCUAGUUGCUGUAUUGAAUAAUUUGCAGAAAGAAAAUGAGAUAUCUGCUCCUGGUAAUUUAGCUUAUGAAGCUUCAAGGAGUAACCAUGGGUUUGAAUUGUCUGUUAAGCCUGAUAGGGUAUUAGAAGAAGCUGAAUCACAAGGGAAAAACCCAUCAGUUCUUUAUGAAUUUGCUGUGGGAAAGUACAGUAACUCUGAGUCAUUUGAUUUAGGCCUAACAUGGAAGCUUCCUGUAGUUUGGUCAUGUCAACAAGCACCUUUAAGUGCUAGUAGAUUCUUGAUGGGAAGUGGGAAUGAAAGGGGUGCUAUUGCAAUAUCUUGGAAAUCCUCACAAUUGAGUCAGCAGUUAUUGCAUCCUGAUGUGAUUGAAGAGAACUGCAAAUUGCAAGUUAAUGUUUUCCAAGUUGUGCCUUGGUAUAUUAAGGUGUAUUAUCAUACGCUACAAGUAUUUGUUGAUGAAAGACUAGAAGCAGUUUCAGAUAUUGUUGAAAAGAUUCGUGUUUCACCUUCUGAAGACAAGGUGUCACCUGGGGUGAUGGAAAUGAUCCUUAAAUUUCCUUGUGGCAUGAAAUCAGCUGCUAUUACUUUAGAAUUUGAUAAGGGAUUUUUGCAUAUUGAUGAAUAUCCUCCAGAUGCUAAUCAAGGGUUUGACAUUCCAUCAGCUUUAAUAAGCUAUCCCAACUUUCAUGCUAGCAUACAAUUUGUUGAAGAUAAAUCUUUGGACAAGUCACCCAUUUUGGCCAAAUUUCAGGAAAAGAGUUCUGUUCGGUCUUACACGGAAGUAUUACUGGUACCAUUGACAACACCUGAUUUUAGCAUGCCUUAUAAUGUCAUCACCAUUACGUGCACAGUAUUUGCGUUGUAUUUUGGAUCUCUACUCAAUGUACUACGAAGGCGUGUUGGUGAGGAGGAAAGAUUACUCAAGAGUAAAGCUGCCAAGAAAACCGGUCAGCUUCCACAACUCCUAUUGAAGUUAUCUGCCAAGCUUAGGGGAAGAUCAUUGGAAACACCUCAAUCAUCCUCAACUUCAUCGUCCUUUGUCAGUUCAAAACUAAUACUUAAAGUUAUACUAGUGGCUGGGCUUGCUGUUGCGUGGCAAUUUUAUUUUGCAUCUUAACACUAGUUAGACAAGAGCAUGUGUUUUUGUGUACAAUAUGUUCCUGUUAGGUGCCUUACUGUACAAUAUAGCUCUCCAGGUUCAAGUCUAGAGCCCUAAUUUUAUGGUAGGGCGUACUAAAAAGUUAAAAUCAUCCUGAAAGAACUUAUUAUGUUUUUGUCAAUUUAGACCAUCUCAUUUUACAGCAAUCAAUUCUAGAACUGUAGUGAAGGAAAUGGGAUUGUAGGUGAAAUAUUCAGCUUUGAGUUUAAA